AUGAUCAUCCCCCAGUGUUCGCAUAACUAUUGUUCCCUUUGUAUACGCAAGUUUUUGUCCUACAAAACUCAGUGUCCAACAUGCUGCGUGGCAGCCUCGGAAUCUGACCUGAAAAAUAACCGGAUGUUAGAUGAACUAGUAAAGAGCUUUAAUUCUGCAAGGCAACAGCUGUUCCAGCUGGUCUUGGACACUCCUCUGGUUUCAUCUCCCUUGGCCUGUAGCAGGCAUUCAGCUGGCAAAAGCCACGUUAGGAGUCCUGGUUCUGGACCAGUUUUAAAAGAAGAGGCACCAGUGAUUGACAGUUUCUUGAGAAAGGAAAAAGUUAAUGCCUUAAAAAAGGCAGAUGGCCUGGCAGGAACAGAACAGAAGACUUUCCAAACUGAGGAACAUCGUAACUUUUCCAGCAGUUCUGCAGAGGCUGAUGGUAAAGACAACCAAGUGGGAUCACCAGAGAGUUCUGAGAGCACCAAAGGUCAUGAAAAGCCUUCUACAUCUCUGGUAAAAGUAGUCAAGAAAGUGGAUUGUCCCAUUUGUGAAGUUGCUAUUCCAGAGCAAUACAUAAACAAACAUCUGGAUAGCUGCUUGACAAGAGAGGAGAAGAAGGACAGCCUCAGGAGUUCUGCUCAGAAAAGGAAGCCUAUGUCUAAAGUUGUUUACAACUUGCUCUCUGAUCGUGAUUUGAAGAAGAAACUAAAGGAACAUGGUCUGUCUACCCACGGGACCCGACAACAGCUCAUCAAAAGACACCAAGAAUUUGUGCACAUGUAUAAUGCUCAGUGUGAUUCUCUAAAUCCCAAAUCGGUUGCAGAGGUUGUUAAAGAGCUGGAAAAGAAUGAAAAGAUUCGGGUUCAACUUGAAAUUAAUAAAAGUGGUGAAAAUAGUUUGACCUUUACGAAGGACCAGACAGAGGAAGAAAUAGAUGAGAUCCACACUGAUUAUCGAAACAAACACAGAAGAGAAUUUCAGUUUUUGGUGGAUCAAGUAAAUAAUCGAUGGAAGAAAAGUGGUAAGAGGAAAACAGAAAGUGCUCAGAACAAAGAAGAAGUCACUGUCAGAGGAUUGCCAGCAGCCACAGAACAAAGGGAAGAGCAUCACACAACUGUCGUCCCCGGAAAAGCCCAGAUACUCAAACCAGAACCUCCCGAGAGCAAGAGAAGUGAACCUCAUUCCUCAGAGGAAAGCCAGAGAUCCAUUUCUCCUGCAUUUUCACUCUCAUCGGGAUCAACAAGCAGCUCCAGUUCAGACAUUUUGAGAGAUCUGCAAGAACCUGAGACGUGUUCCGCGUCCUCUGACAACAAUUUUCUGGAUCUGAGAGUUCACAAAAGAAAGUCACGUUGGCCCCCAGUGCCAGAGAAUGAUCAACUGCUUCCCAAGAAGAAGCGGAAGAAGAGCUAG